CCCCCAAAACCCUGACGCAGACCACGAAACCGAUCCAUCAUCAUCCAUGGCGGCUGCUGCGGCGUGCCGCAGGGCCGCCUCCUACACCCUGCGCGGCCCUCCGGCCGUCUCGCGCGCUGCAAAGGCUGCCAAGCCCACCACCGGCGACCAGUUCCUGGACCUGCUCGACGCCAACUUCAACAAGCCGCCGCCGCCCAAGACGCGCACGGAGAACCACUCCCCGACGUUCGCCACCUCGGGCGACCCCUGCCUCGACUUCUUCUUCCACGUCGUCCCCGGCACCCCGGCCGACACCGUGUCCUCCCUCCUCGCCAACGCCUGGGCCGCCGAGCCGGCCACCGCGCUCCGCCUCGCCUGCAACCUCCGCGGCGUGCGCGGCACCGGCAAGGCCGACCGCGAGGGGUUCUACGCCGCCGCGCUCUGGAUGCACGGCUCCCACCCCGCCACGCUCGCCCUCAACGCGCGCCCCGUCGCCGACUUCGGCUACCUCAAGGACCUCCCCGAGAUCCUCCACCGCGUCAUCCACGGCGGCGUCUCCACCCGGACGCCGGGGAAGCAGGCCCACCUCGCCGCCGAGGGAGGACUCUUCGCCCGCCUUCGAUUGCGUGCGGCGAGGAAGGUGCCGGAGCACGAGCUCCGCAGCAAGAAGGCGCGCGUUGCUGCCAGCGAGAAGCGCGAUCAGGAGGAGGCCGCCCAGGCCGCCGUCGUGCGGAGGAAGAAGCGCGCGAACGCCGCGGCGACGGCCGUCGAGAGGUACGCCCGGGACCAGAACUACCGCCUCCUGCACGACAUGACGGCGGAGGUGUUCGCCGACCUCCUCGCCGAGGACAUGAAGAAGCUCGCAGAGGGCAAGAUCAACCUCUCCCUGGCUGGGAAAUGGUGCCCGUCGGUGGACAGCUGCUACGACCGCUCGACGCUCAUCUGCGAGGCCAUCGCGCGCCGCCUCUUCCCAAAGGGCUCGGCGCCGGACCUUCCCGAGGACCUGCCGGACGCGCACUACGCAUUCCGCGCGCGGGAGCGCCUCCGCAAGGAGGCCUACGUGCCGCUCCGCCAUGCCCUCGAGCUCCCCGAGACCUUCAUGUCGGCGGGGGAGUGGGGGAAAGUGCUCUACACGCGCGUGGCGUCCGUCGCCAUGAAGAACUACAAGGACCACUUCAUCUAUCACGACCAAGAGCGCUUCAACGGCUUCCUCGCCGACGUCAAGUCCGGCAAGAAGAAGAUCGCGGCGGGCGCCCUGCUGCCGCACCAGAUCCUGGAGUCGGCCAUGGACGGGGAGGACGAGGUCGCCGACCUGCAGUGGAAGCGCAUGCUGGACGACCUGCUGGCGCUGGGCAAGCUCAACAACUGCCUCGCCGUGUGCGACGUGUCCGGCAGCAUGGCCGGCCUCCCGAUGUACGUCUGCGUCGCGCUCGGGCUCCUCCUCUCGGAGCUCUGCGACGAGCCGUGGCGCCACCGCGUGAUCACCUUCACCGCGGAGCCGGAGCUGCACCGGAUCAGCGGCGAGACCCUGUCGGAGAAGGCGGGCUUCAUCCGCGAGAUGGAAUGGGGCUGGAACACCGACUUCCAGGCGGUGUUCGACCAGCUCCUCCGCGUGGCCGUCGCCGGCAAGCUCCCUCCGGAGCGCAUGGUGAAGAGGGUGUUCGUGUUCAGCGACAUGGAGUUCGACCAGGCGUCGUCCAGGCCGUGGGAGACGGACUACGAGGCCAUCACGAGGAAGUACGCCGAGGCCGGGUACGGCGACGCCGUGCCGCAGGCGGUGUUCUGGAACCUGCGGGGCUCCGAGUCGGUGCCGGUGACGGCGAAGCAGAAGGGGGUGGCGCUGGUGAGCGGCUUCUCCAAGAACAUGCUCAAGCUGUUCCUUGACGGCGACGACACCCCGUCGCCCAGGGCCGUCAUGGACAAGGCCAUCUCCGGGCCAAUGUACGAGAAGCUCGCCGUGUUCGACUGAAAGAGUAGGCGCCGUUCGUGUGUGUUUGUGUUUGGUUCAUCAGUAUUUCGAGAAAAAAUAGCAGCGAGCCGCUCAACAAUAAUUUGAUCAGCACUAGGUUCAAAAUACUACCUCCGUUU